AUUUAGAAAAAUGUGCUUUGGUGUGUUGGAAAGCUACAACUGAAGAAAUUUUCACGCUAUUCCAAGUUUUCAUCAAGUUCAAUAUGACACGCAGAGGUCUCUAUUUUCUUGGCCUCAUAGCGCCCUUUUUAUUGGCACUGGCAACCGCUCAACUGCCAGGGGAACUGCCCUUGGGCCAGCCCGAGCAGGGACAGCCGAUGCAGCCGCAGACAUAUCAGCCGACCUACAACAAGGACUACACGCCACGCUACAAUCCGUUGUACACUGGCCAGCAGACCGGACCAGACACCACCCAGUUCGACAAUCCUCUCCUCGACAACCGGAACCCCAACGCUUACAAUCCCAAUGGCUAUAACACUUAUGGAAACCGAGGAUUGGGCUCUGGAUCGCUAGAUCUCGGAGCCAAUGUCGGUGGACCUGGAAAUAAUCUUGGAGGAGGACUCGGUAUUGGCCCGCAGUACGACCCGUUCAACAGAAACACCGUCGGCACAGCACCAGGAGUUGGAUAUCGCGACAUUUUUAGCGACGAGGACAACUUUUGCCCGGAGUACUGGGUAUCAUUCAGGCAAACCUGCUACCGGUUUAUCCGAUCCCCUAAGAGAAAUUGGGCGGAAGCGAAGAAAAUUUGCAAAGCAUACAAUGCAGAUCUGAUCAACGUGGACAAUGUGGAAAAGCACGCAUUUAUACUCAAGAAUCUCAUUCUUCAGAAUCAGCGGCAGAACCGAUUCUUUAUAUCCGCCCGUCAGACAGGCCCACAAAAUUGGGUCAACGAUGACAACACCCAACUCGUACAAAUAGAAGACUCGUUUGCUUUCGAUGAGCAGAUCCCCUGGGAGAACGAAGACCUGCACGACAACCGAUUCCUGGUUCAGAACGACCUAAACAACCAGAAUCUCAAUAAUCCGAAUCAGUUUUAUAACCCCUUGCCGGGAAAUGUAAAUCAACGCAAUCAGAACAACAUACGCGGCUUCAUAGGUCCAAAUCAACCGUAUGGCGAGAAUGGUUACGCUCGAGACCGCGUUGUCUACGCGUUUUCCAAAAAGCGCGAUCGAUGGAUGUUCAUGCCGGCGUACGAAAUCGAAUUGAAUCUCUUCAUCUGCGAAUCGAAGGUUCUCUACAGUCCAGACAACGUUAACAUCAAGCUAGAUGACAAGCGUCCCUACCACUACGGCCUCGACAUCCGUGACAUGGAACGCAUACCGAGGGGUCCCUAUUUCGUGAAGCAACCCAAUGAUACCAUCUUUGACGUGAACAAGAAUCGUGUAAUCAAUGAUGUAACCUUGAGCUGCCUGGCUGGCGGUUUUCCCACGCCCUCAUACCUGUGGUACCGCGAAGUGUACGUUAACGACACAUUGGAGUACCAAAAGAUCGAUCCUUUGAAGGAGGACCGCUACACUAUUUCGGGAGGCAAUCUGAUCAUAUAUGAACCGAAACAGGCAUUGGAUCAAGGUGCAUACCAUUGCGUAGCAGAGAACAAAUUCGGACGCGUGCGCUCUGAAAGUGCGCAUCUUAAUUUUGGCUUCAUAAUGGAGUUUAAUCUGAAGCGCUCUGGCGAGACAAGCGAGAUGAACUGGGGCAAGUCGAUAUUUUGUGACCCACCUCAGCACUAUCCAGACGUGCGUUACUACUGGUCGCGAAACUACUUCCCCAACUUUGUGGAUGAGGAUCAACGUGUUUUCGUGUCCCGUGACGGCGCUCUUUACUUCUCCUUCAUCGAAACUGUAGAUCGAGCCAACUAUUCCUGCACUGUGCAGACCUUGGUAUCAGACACCGGUCGCAACGGUCCCUUCUUUCCGCUGCGCGUGACGCCAAACAGUAAUUACCAGGCUUUGAUAUUCGCCAACACCUUCCCCAAGGUGUUCCCAGAAGCACCGGUCGCCGGCGACGACAUUCAUUUGGAGUGCAUGGCUUUCGGUUAUCCGAUUCCAUCUUACAACUGGACCCGUCAAGGGCAGCACUUGCAGCGCAACUCGUACGUCACCAACUAUGGUCGUGUUUUGGUCAUCCAGAACGCCACCACGAACGACAACGGAGAAUACACCUGCACCAUCACCAAUCCUCACAAAACAUUGGUCAAAAGCAUCCACCUAAACAUUCAGAUGCGUCCCGAGUUCACGAUUCCUCUCAAGGACAUGAUCAAAGAUUACAACAGCGACGUCACCUUUAUCUGCGAGGCUUUUGCCAUCCCGGACGCAAACUAUACCUGGUACAAAAAUGCUGAACGACUAGAUCCCCUCAACAUCAAUCGCGACCGCUACAUAAUCCAGGACAAUGUGCUAACCAUUAAAUUUUUGGAAAAGGAUAAGGACGAAGGCAUGUACCAAUGCGGUGCCCAAAAUCAGCUGAAAACUUCUUUCUCCUCGGCGCAACUCCGAGUCCUUUCCAUGAAACCGUCCUUUAAGAAGCAUCCUCUCGAAUCCGAGGUAUACGCCGUCUACAAUGGCAACACCACGAUUGUUUGUAAUCCUGAAGCUGCUCCGCGUCCUAAGUUCCAAUGGAAAAAGGAUGGCCAGCUCUUGGGCUCCGGUGGCCAUCGGCGCAUCCUGCCAAGUGGUACCCUGACUAUAGCACCUACGUCCCGGGAUGAUGAGGGAGUCUACACAUGCAUUGCCUCAAAUCAGGCCGGCACGGAUGAGUCCUAUGCUCGCGUUAUUGUGCUGCAGGAAAUUCGGUUCAUUCAAACCCCACCCCAGCGUAUUGUUACGAAGGAACAUGACCUAAUCUACCUUCACUGUGAGGCGGCCUUCGACGAGUUGCUGGACAUAGCUUAUGUAUGGAAACAUAACGGGGAGAUCCUAAAGAACAAUCAUGAUGGCACCGGACGCAUUGUUGUGGAAUGGAAUAGCUUGACUGUGCACAACACCACCAUGCGGGACGCCGGAGACUAUGAGUGCGUUGUCAAGUCGGCAGUCAAUGAGAUCAACAGUAAGACCAGUGUGGUCAUAGAAGGAGCUCCAGGCGCUCCCGGUGGAGUUCAGGUUAUUCAGAUCAGUAAAACAAAGGCUAUUAUUGAAUGGGUAGACGGGUCUAACAACGGCCGACCCAUUCGCUACUACAAUAUCCUUGGACGAACCAACUGGAACCGAACCUGGGUGAAUGUGUCAACCCACGUGCAGGCGCGUGAGGUUGAUCGAUACACUUCUCGUCAGCAGGCAGAAGUGAUUAACUUGACACCCUGGUCGGCGUAUGAGUUUAGUGUAACUGCUGUGAACGAUCUGGGCAUCGGCACACCUUCCGCUCCGUCGCCGAUCUACAGCACCUAUGAAGACAAGCCGUACAUCGCGCCCAGAAAUGUGGGCGGAGGUGGUGGCAAGAUCGGUGACCUGACCAUUACCUGGGACCCACUGUUGCCGCAAGAACAGCACAGUCACGGCAUUCACUACAAAGUAUUUUGGAAGCUAAAGGGCGCCCUGGAGUGGGCUUCAGACGAAAUUAACAAGCAGGACCACACUGGCGUAGCUGUGGUCAACAUUCCACUCAAUAACUAUUAUACUGAGUACGAGGUUAAGGUUCAGGCCAUCAACAGUAUUGGAAAGGGUCCAGAGAGUGGAAUUGCGGUCAUACACUCUGCCGAAGACAUGCCGCAAGUAGCUCCACAGAAGCCAUUCGCUCUUGCAUUCAACUCCACCUGCUUUAAUGUCACCUGGCAGCCGAUUGACAUGUCCCGUGAGAACAUUCGCGGCAAAUUGAUUGGUCAUAGGUUGAAGUAUUGGAAGACCACUCACCAAGAGGAAGACGCCGUUUACUAUCUAUCCCGCACCACAAGAAACUGGGCCCUGAUCGUGGGUCUGCAGCCGGAUACAUACUACUUUGUUAAAGUUAUGGCUUACAAUGCUGCUGGAGAAGGCCCAGAGAGCGAACGCUUUGAAGAACGUACGUAUCGCAAGGCCCCACAGAAACCACCAUCAUCCGUACAUGUAUAUGGAAUAAACCCAUCUACGGUACGAGUUGUAUGGCGCUACGUAUCGCCCUCGCAGGAUGAGGAACCGGUCGAAGGCUAUAAGGUUCGUAUUUGGGAGACGGACCAAAACAUGAUCACAGCCAACAAUACCAUAGUGCCAAUUGGCCAGAAACUGGAGUCCUACAUCAACACUCUAACGCCAGGAAAGAGCUACAACAUGCGAGUCCUCGCCUAUAGCAACGGAGGUGACGGCCGGAUGUCAAGUCCAACGCUGCGCUUCCAAAUGGGAAAAACAACGCGUAAUGCUGCAAAUACGCGUCAUGGCCAUAACAUUAACACGGCCCUCAUUUUGAGCACGUUACUGUUCAUCUCCACAUUUUUUUACACCCAACAUUGAACGGAGCACAAAAUCUGAAUGCAGCUAAUCAGGCAGCUAGAAACAAAAACGUCCAAGAUAAGAAGGAAGCGCACAGCCUCAUAGUUUACCAUGAAUCCAAGAGUCUCUUUUUUUAAGUGGAUAUACCGAUCAACAUUCCGUUUUAAUUUAAAAACCUUAAUAUAACCAAAACGAAUUAAGCGAUUUAGGCAGUUUUUGAAAGCCUAUGCACCGAAAUGAUAGUUCAUACAUAUGAUAACUAAUUAGGAAAGUGACCUUAUAUAAGAUUAAGUAGCCCAAAGGGGGAACAUUGUAACUUUUACAGUACUUUUUGAGAGUAUUUUGGAUUCAACAACGAAAAAGUCUAUUAGAAUAAGAUCAAAUUCCGUUCGCCAUGAUUUAAUGUGUCUUUGUAAUGUAUUUCCGUCCAAUUUAAAAGUUUAUUGAAAAAAGAAAUAAAUUUGUAUUUUUCGUACCAAAUA